CAGGAACUGUUUCAUCUCGCGGCUGGUGGUUGAGAGUGACCUAUUCAUGGCUCGUAGCAGCUGCUCUACAACUAAGUACCCGGUCGUGUACUUAUACUUCCGCAAAAAUCGAAAUAAAGGAAUUUUUCAUCAAACAAAAUGCAGAAGUUGAUGGUCCAGCAUCGUGCUGCUGAUGGUGGAUCAGUCACAUCUAGCUUCUUGAGAAGUUGCCGCCCGUCUCGCUCUACUGCCAGGAUCUCGACGAUGAUCUGUAGAUACGUGGUUUUUCAUCUUGGUCUGUGUUGGAGUUGCCAAGCAGCCGUGCGGAUGCGACGGAUAUUUCCCUACGAUCCUGAUACGCCCAAAAAACUCGAUAUCGAUGGGAUUCAGGCUUCUUUGGGUGCGGCCGAGGGAGAAAAAUUAGAUUUAAGGCCAGUCAGAGUCACUGUCACUGAUAUCAAUCUAGUGUGCUGGGCAAUGCGGAGUGAGUGAGUUCCUUAACAUACAUCUGGUGUGCUGGACACAUCUAGUGGCGAGUAAGUGCUCCUUUGAGGUUUGUCCUCAAGGGAAUCAUCUACUUAUAAGGGAAUCAUCUACUACGAACUCAACUCAACCACACAGAUAAAGUGAUUGGGUGAAGCUUUAAUAGAUACUGCGAUCGAAGAGCUAGCCCGCUCAAUAAUGGCGACGUUUUUCAACGGCACGGGUCUUCGUGCAGUGUGGGACUUUGAUGCGGCAGUUGGAAAACGCGUCCCAAGAUUUCGAUACGACGAAGAAGAGAGCUUAAGAUUGACGACAAAGAGAUCGUUGACAUUAAAUUCAUAUUUUUUUUUAGCUGGUGGAGCCUUGUUCAGCAAUUGCUAGGGUACUUUAGUGUUGCGCUUACGUCAAUGCGAAUUCCCAGGUCCUCAUUGAUCUUCUAAAUCAAGAGAGCCUGCCGUUUAGCAGUUCCAUAACCGGAGAUGCGCUCACGGCUUCGACUACUAGCUCUAUGGAACAAGACGCGCUUUCACCCGUAGACUCCACAAAGGCCGGAAUCAAUAUGCAAAGUGCGGCAUCAGCUUCUAGUGCGGCCGCGGGUAGUAAUAUUAUGCAUGAGAGAGUGUACUUGUUCUUGGAAGUGGAAUUGGAAAUGAUGCCUCUCGUCCAAAGUCAACCUUUGGCUGGAAAAGCUCUGCAGAGAGAAGAUACAUUUUGAUUUUCAUUUGCUUGUUCAUCUCUAAUGAUAAGUCCGAAGAAGGCAGCACAAAAUCUAUCACGGAUGCCGUUCUAGGUUGGUUUUCUACAUCAACAUCGGCGCAGGAGGGGAACAAGGCCUCUCCCCGUCUUGAUGCUGAAGUCGACGCGGCAUCACCUCGCAAGAACUCAACAGCAUCGAAUGCACAGGUAGUAUUAAGGGUAGGCUCCUUUAGCUGUUCGCAUUACCGCUUGUUUUGACUCUCCCAAGGGGGAAGCGCAUAACAAAUAACGGGGGAAGCGAACACCAAAAUCCUACCCCUAAUGGUAGGCUUACCAACGAGAGACGCCGGCGCAGAAGCUGCUCUAGCUGCGCGGCAAGGAACGAGUGCUCCUGGCAUUAGAGAAGACGCGGCUUCUGCUGCUCCGAAGAGAAAGCGUUACCCCAAAGACUACAUCAACUUCUGCAUAUUUUAUGAAUCACAGUGCUCUCCUAGAAUAAAUAUACAUUUUUUACCUCACAACUGCCUGGUAAGUUCUGAGCAAUUUCAAUCUUUUCCUCUCCUAUGAUCAUGGAAACGUCAGAUGGUACAGAUUUAGAAGCCUUGUCCCACCUUUGUCCAACCUUCCUUUCACAGACUCUGACGUCUUCAUCUGUUUCUCUUCCAUCUUCCUUUCAUAUGCUGGGUCUCGACACGGAGAGCGUACCACUUGUGGCGCGAUAUAUUGAGUUUUUUCCGCAGUUUUCGUUCUGGAUAUUCGACGACAACAUGGACUGGACCUUCUAUGUAUGGAAGGGGACAACACACUUGACUAGGCUUGACUGAGCGUUACCUAGAAGCUGGCCAAGCAUAUUAGAAUAAUUCGUUCGUUCACGACGAACAGCUGGAGAUAUCAGCAAGAAGUAGAUCACACCACUGCAACGAGGCCAACAGUAGAUGAACAUCAUCUCGUCUCACAUUGAUAUGGGGAUACCACAGACACUUGUUCUCUUCUAACAAUCAGAAACUAUCCAGGAUCACUCUUCUCUUCUAACAGCUACAAAUUUGGUGGAAUUUUUUCCAGAUCGGAGCAUUAACGUGGAGUACGACGACAGAAUCGAACAUCUGAAGCCGAAAUGUCACAUAACCGCUUUCGGCACCGACAGCUUGGACUUCACGAUGGCUCGAGUCGGUAGAGAGCUCUUCACGAAAACUGAGGUAUGUAUCGGGAGGUUUUCUAGUAGAGCAGGAGGUGGCUGAUAUGGAUAGAUGGACCGUGAAUACGUUCUUUAGAACGAAGACGCUGUUGCUACUACUCAUGAAUCGCUACUAUGCGACUAGUCCUACGUUGAUGUUGUAGCGCGGCUGCUAUUGUUUAUCAUGCAUGAGCUCAACGACCUCUUUCAUUCUCGGAAAUGCUACUAGUUUGGCAAACUCACGGUUGCGAGAGGUCAGGAGCCCUAGAGUGGAAUCCGGAGUGCGCGUAUUUCUUUCAGCAAUGGACGUCGACCAUGUGCGGACGUGAGGAGGAUCUCAUGCUGGAUGAAGGACAGGCACUAAAAACCGUGACUUCUUUAGAUUGUAACAAGUGUUGAUGUUGGCGUACUAUUAUAGGAAAAACAAUAUCUUUUUUUUCAGGGGAGGGACACACAAUGCCACACGACGUCGACGAUGCGGCUCUUCUACAGGAGCAAGUUCCCCCACAUUUUUUUUACACACAAUCUAUGUACAAAUCCACUCUUGUAUUUAACAGCUCAUUCUACAACUCUUAAAUCUAAAAAUAUUAAACUCCUCCACCUUGCGCCCAGGCGAAAGUACUGCGAGAAAGUCGGUAUGGUCCUUUACAAUGGGAGGAUGCCGAACCAUGCGUCAUCGGCAGUCGCACGCAGGAAAAGUUAAGGCUUUUACCCUAAAAAUCCAUCUUCGGAAGUAUCUUCAGAAGCUUCUUCAGAAACAUCUUCUUCACCAUAAAAAAGCUACUUCGGAAGCAUCUUCAGAGGCGUUGUAUACCCUAUUGAGUAAAACUACUGCCUGAUCUAAGGAAGGUGAAUAGUUGGGCCGUACGAAACCGAAUCGCUAGUGGGGAAGACGCGUCGGACCUACUUGCCGCUCCAGAAGUUGCGCUUACUGCUAAUAUUAUGGUGCUCUUCAAAAAUCCCUUGAAAUUGUCUCAAACUUAUACAUCAAGCCUCUAUUCGUGUUCAUCUGAACUGAUUAUGUUGCUGCUCUGUAAAUGAAAUAUAUGAAGUCUGCAGGAAAUACGGUAGCAUUGCGUAGCCAUCUUCUACACUUCUACACUCCACGACCUACAAGGGCUGUGGUGAGUCGCUAGGUCUCAUCGUGCUGUUGGUCUGAGUAUACAUUGUUAGACAACUACAAAAUACUCCUAUACCGGUACUUUAGCGCUCCUCUGGAGGUACUAGCUUACUGGUUGGCCUCGCAAGUAGACGCUAAUAGCUACACAAGAGGCACCAUGACAUGACAUAUUUCACAAGUUGGUUCUAAAUCGCAACCGCUGUGCACAUGUCUAGUGGAUAGGUCCUGGAUCAGCGACCUGCACUACGAGAAACCAAUCUGCCAUGAAUUCGAGACACGAGUCCUGCCACCUGGGAUUAUGGCGGCAAUGAUCUUGUUGUUGUAUCUUCGACAUCGAUUAAGAACUCACGUAGUGGUCAUCAAGCUCAAGGUCAACAUGGUCUAACCAUAUUAUAAUGGAAAAUGAAUCCAAGGACUUAUCAAUACAUUUAGUAAGAAAUUGUCAUUUCGGUCCUUUACCUUUUGCUAAAAAAAUGUUUCUUCUAAUGCGGAGCGGAUCUACGCAAGACAUACGGAAAAUUGGUACGACCCCUUGAAGGACUUCUUCUUCGGCUAUGGUCAAUGGAACCAAGACUGGUUUCUCUACUUAUGACAAUGGGGCUUUUGCUUAAGAACGCAUGAGCUGUUUGUGCUUCUGUGUUUGUGCUUCUAGGAGCGCCCCACUCGUGAUUCCUCUGACUGUCUCAAUCUUGCUUCCAUAGGUCUACCUGCAGUCCUGUUUGGGAAAAAAAAAGUAGUCCAAGCCACAGACAUACAUCCAUUAACGUGUGCCUGUGCCUUUAGUUCUAGAUGCGGCAUUUUUUUUUGUAAAUCCUCGCUCGACUCUCCUCCAGCUUCAGCACGACCGCGGAUUUUUUUUUGUAAAUUCUCGCUCGACUCUCCUCCAGCUUCAGCACGACCGCGGCACGUCUCUAAUCCUGAACAAUCUUUUCCGUGGAAGGCGAAAGGGUUUUUUUGUGGACAUUGGGGCCAUGGCGCCAUUCGAACUGAGUAAUACAGCAGUUUUCGAGCAAUGUUUCGACUGGGAAGGAUUAUGCGUGGAACCGAACCCUAGCCAACACUUGAUCAUGUUGGGAUACAGACCGAAUUGUCGCUUAGUGCCCUACUGCUUGGGAAGGAAAAUUAAGGCGACAAUGAACAUUGUACUUUUUACCGACUUACCUUAUCAUGAUGUAUGGACUAUCUAAGGUUUACCCGCUUAUUGUACUUACCUACUCGUCGAUUGUACUCGAGAACUGAAAAUAACCGCGUUACUAACUGAAAUUUAAGGCAGGAAGUAGCUUUAGAGGGCUACUCUUCUUUGUUCAGUAUCUCGGUUAUUCUCGUCUGUUACUCGCUUUCUUCAGUUUUUCGAUUAUUACAAAAGUUGUACCUGAACAACCUACAGUCUUUCUAAUUUGAAUGACUUAGAUCUUGAUUGACUUAAUGGACAGUAGCGGCUGCGUCUGCGGCAAUUGCCUUCAUCAUUUUGAUUUUUUUGGCAAUGACCUGCCGUUGAGCUGCAUAACUCCAAUAUGAGCGGUGCCGUGAAGACCUUUGGGAUACGAGAAGGCAGCACAGGACACUCGAGGGAAGCUUCAGACGCACCCGUUUCGGGUGCAGAAGAAGAUGAUGAAGCGAGUACAUUCUGAGUUGUCUUAGAUUUUGUGUUAUGCUAUUGCUAACUCAUGGACAGGUGCCUGGCUAUCAAUUCUUUUUCAUGCUGUCGUCAUUGUUCUUUGACGUAUUAAAUUUUGAUUUAUUUCUUUACUUAAUCUUGAUGUGUGGUGAGUUGGUGGUAAAAUAACGCAGUUAUGAUCUCCACAGAGAAAAAGCUAGACGAAUGGCUGCCAUCGACAGAGCUUCUGGACACUUUUCAAUCGGACUGCAUCACCAUGGACGAAAUGCUGCGGUUCUCUGGGAUCAAGAAAGAGACGCCUAUAGAUUUCGUCUCGAUAGACAUUGAAGGUUAUGGAAUGGAAGUUUUCUGUAUUGUAUUGUUCGUGUCCAGCUACGUACGUAGGUACUAAAGAGAAGUACAAGAAUUCUAGUGUGAAGAAACGAAUAAAUGUAUGUUCGUAGCAGUCUAGGCUGACGAGGUGAUGUCCACCUUGUCGGUGAAAGAAGAUGACCAAUUUUGAACGUCUAAAGUAGAUCCCGCGUAGUCGAUCUCUCUCUCUUCAUUCUCUAACAAGUUGGCGAACUGGAGGUGCUGGUAGACUUUCCGUUUGAAAAAUACACAAUACACGCAUUCCUCAUUGAAGCCGGCCAUGACACGACUAACCGUGUGGAUAUCCUUCUGUUGGGAGCUGGGUAUGUGAAGAUGGCUUUAAUCGGCAAAGACCACGUCUACGUGCAUGGCGAAUACUUGCAGUUGUUAGCGGGCAACUAUCUUUAAGGCGCUAUGUUGUUGUUACUUUUGUACUUGUGCAGGAUCGUUGUGCAGGAUCCGCAACCUAACCUAACUGCCGCGUCUCUACUCGGGUCGCUACGGAACCAGGCAGCUUUAUUUAAGUAGUUGAAUGGGAGGUAGCAUGUAGUCCUAUGGAAAAAAAAAAAAAUGAGUGAGUUGCUACGUGGUUCGAAUGAAUGAAUGAAUGAAUGGACCUAACCUACGUAUUUUAUUUUCAUCUUCUUGUUCGGCUUGUUCGGUCAUAUUCAGAUUCAGAAUAGAUACUUAUGUAAAUCCAGCCGGCAAUCUAAGUACCUAUGAUCAUUGUUGUACCUCUGAAAGCCUCUCGUACUUGUUCUUGCAACAACGUCGCCCGACACACUACCUCAUGCUAGGUAGAUGCAUGAAUGAAGAGGGGGAACACGAACAACAAUAAAUGACAUCACCCAACAUGAGGAUCUAUUGAGAUUUCUAAUCUUCAGUCGGGGAGACGGACAUGAACCCAUUCGAUUUGGUCUAUCCGCCGUACAUCAAUUAUGGAAAAGGUUGAACUCUGAUUGAUAUUACAAGUACAAAGCACGCUCAGAUGUUUCUGUUUCAACUCUACUGCUACUUCCUAGGCAAUAGUUGUAGUUUUCCGCGUUCAAGGCACGACUCUCAAUUUAAAGUCCAGUUCUGCUUCUAGUCAGUGGCAAGGCAUAACUACUAUAAGUUUUGAAAGCUCUAGUGGCAAGGUAUACAUACUAAAUUAUAAAAGUCAUAGUAUUCAUUGUUUUCCUCUUUCUAUGUAUAUUUAGGCUAUCCCUUCUUGCAAUAUAUAAGUGAUAGUAUAAAGGGACCAAAGACGAGUACCUAGUACAUGCUUUUUGCCUUACUUCUCCCUUCAUACUACCAUCGAGCCAUACAACGACACGUUUCCGGUCUUUCAGCGGAGAUUCCUGGACCCGAAGUUUGGGGAGUAACUACCAUGGGAAAAAGGAUCAGCAAUUUUCAGCCAGUAUCUGAAUCUUUCUGAGUACAAUCUUCAUUAGCCAUUCGCUCGUAGUUUCAUUUGUUAGCAUCCUAGCCCCUGCUUGAUGAUAAAAUAAUUGCGCGGGUUCUCUCUUGAGAAUAUAGAAAUUCAAAUUUAAUAUGAGGAUGGACAAGACGGAGGUCAUGUUGUUCGUCGACUUGCAAAAAAGCACUCGACAAGUCCCCC